ACAAACAUAAUGCACAUAAAGUUCAUAACUGUACUUUCGGGUUGGUGCACCUGUACUGCUUUUAAACAAAUGUACUUUUUUGAGUCCUAUGGAGGUGGAAUAUUGUACAUUGGGGGGGCAUAAGAUACGUCUGCUGUACUCUGUGUGUAACCUGUAUACAGUAAAAGGCAGGGCUAGUUAACCCCGGAUUGCAAGCUCUUCAUGACGUCGGACUAGAUUGUCCUGGUCCUCCUUGCCCAAUAGGAGCUGUUGUAGUCUUAUACCGGAGCCGAUAUGGCUCUGUCCGAGUACCACAACGCCCUUCGCCGGGUGCUAUGUGGUGCCGGACUGCUGCUGCUUUAAAAAAAAGAGAGAGAGGGGGAAAAAAAGAAGAGGCAAGCGUGAUAUGGGAAGCCCGUUGCAUCUGCGGAACCAUUUCUACACGGAGCAUCCCAGUCAGCACCACUACCAGCAGCAGCUCCUCUGCGGGCCAAGCAGACAGUCGCCUUGCACCUGCACGAAUGUCGAUUGCACCUGUCAUGCCUGCGACAGCCUCGUCCUCCGUGGGACGCCACCGACGUGCACCGAGGUAACUUUGAGGACAUCUUCGGAGACGUCUUCCGGGCGAGGCGUCCGCGACCUGACUCCCUCUAGCCAUGCCACUUCCUCCAGGCAGCAACAGCAGCAUCCCGGGGCCAGCGACCAGCAAGCCUCCCGCCAUGAGACAGCCAUGAGCAGCUGCAGAUACAACGGCGGCGUUAUGCGGCCGCUCAGCCACUUGAGCUCGUCUCGCAGGAACGUACACGAGUUCGAUUCCGAGUCGCAGCCGCUGCAGCCCCUCUCGGCCGGGGACGCGUCGGACACGUUGGCAGCCUCCAAGCCUGAGAACCACUCGGCCACAGUCAUGCCUUACGCAUCCGGGGACGGAGGCGGGGGCUGCGGCCACAGCGGGGGGAAAUCGGGCAAGAAGAAGAACCAGAACAUUGGGGAGAAGCUUGGCCACAGGAGGGCCUUGUUUGAGAAGAGGAAGCGACUCAGCGACUAUGCUUUAAUCUUUGGGAUGUUUGGGAUCGUUGUUAUGGUUAUAGAGACAGAACUCUCUUGGGGAGCCUAUGGAAAGGAGUCCCUGUAUUCAUUAGCUCUAAAAUGCCUGAUAAGCCUUUCUACAAUCAUCCUCCUGGGACUGAUUAUCAUCUACCACGCAAGAGAGAUCCAGUUAUUUAUGGUGGACAACGCAGCCGACGACUGGAGGAUAGCCAUGACAUAUGAGCGCAUCUUCUUCAUCUGCCUGGAGAUCCUGGUGUGCGCCAUCCACCCCAUCCCGGGGAAUUACACCUUCACCUGGACCGCCCGCCUGGCCUACUCCUAUGUGCCAUCCAAGACGGACGCUGACGUGGACAUCAUCCUGUCUAUCCCCAUGUUCCUCCGGCUGUACCUCAUCGCUCGUGUCAUGCUGCUGCACAGCAAGCUCUUCACAGACGCCUCGUCUCGGAGCAUCGGGGCGCUCAACAAGAUCAACUUCAACACGCGCUUCGUCAUGAAGACCCUCAUGACCAUUUGUCCCGGGACGGUGCUGCUGGUCUUCACCAUCUCGCUGUGGAUCAUCGCCGCAUGGACUGUGAGAGCUUGCGAGAGGUACCACGACAACCAGGACACGAACAGCAACUUCCUAGGGGCCAUGUGGUUGAUCUCCAUCACCUUUCUUACCAUCGGAUAUGGAGAUAUGGUCCCAAACACUUACUGUGGGAAGGGAGUCUGCCUCCUGACUGGCAUUAUGGGUGCAGGCUGCACUGCCUUGGUGGUGGCUGUGGUGGCCAAGAAGCUGGAAUUAACCAAAGCUGAAAAGCAUGUUCACAACUUCAUGAUGGACACCCAGCUCACCAAACGAGUGAAAAACACAGCAGCGAAUGUUCUCAGGGAGACGUGGCUCAUCUACAAGAACACCAAACUGGUGAGGAAGAUGGACCAUGCCAGAGUCAGGAAGCACCAGAGGAAAUUCCUUCAAGCCAUUCAUCACAAACCAAACGAGCUCACGCUGUGUUUGAAGGAUCUUCUACCCUUCUUGACUGCACUUUCAUUUCACAGCUGAGGAGUUGCUGUGACUCUCUGUGUGGGUGCUGCAUGGGAGAAUAUAUGCAAAAAUUUCACUCAGUGCCACAUAAAAGGCUCUUGUAAUCCCUUUAUAUUAAGAACUAGGUUGGAUUGAUAUGUAAAAGAGGUUUUUCCUUGGAAUGAGUUAUGCAAAAUAUCCCUUGUGCACAGCUGUGGAGAUACACAUUUUGCAACAAAACAUCGAUUGUAUUCUCGCUGUCACACCGAAUGUGUUGGGUCUGCUGUUAGGCAGACCUGAACUGCUUGGUUUUUUUGCUGGUUCUAACGGGCUCCGUUCACACUCUCACCUGUCAGCCGGUCUUUUAGCCUCUGAGGACACCCAAAGUGUGCUGUGACUCCACUAAAGUAUUGAUUUUAGCCUCACCUUGCUGCUGUUUUUCUUCACUGACACAGAGGCUUCUUUCAGUAGCAAUCAGCUCAGUGCUUUGUUCAACCAAAUGCGACUAGAUGUGCUCUUAUCUAUUUUUUUUAGACCUUAAAAUAUCCUGCUCUGCGUGUGUUUGUUGGCUAUCUGUAGUUUUAUGUCUCUAAAUGGGCCUUUUGUAUGUGACUUUCGUUUGCUCAUGAAUCCUCCUGACAUUUUUGUUUUUUAUUUUAAAGACUUUCCAUAAAAUGUUUGCUGCUGCUGCUGCAACCCGCAUCCGCAUUUGGUGCCGUUCUCAAAGUCGUCAUUCUUUUUACGCUUCGUCAAGUCAUAAUGUCCUCACAGUUUGAAGCGAUGAUGUCACACGAUCCUAGCGCUUUCCUCAUUAUGGCGCUCCCUUGGAGCUAAAAGUAAAUCUAUGAAGGAAGCAGAUUGAGAAGGAAAGAGUCACGUCCGUCUCUGUGUGGAAGGCAGUGCUCAGCAUCCUGUAAAGAUUGUGUGUUGUGUGUGUGUGUGUGUUGUCUUGUUUGGAGAGCCUGAAGUAUCGGCUGAUCAGAGCGUGAUACUUGUGUCAAGAUGAAUGUAGGACAGGAAAUGGCUAACAGCAAGCAGAUCAAAGUAGCCAUGCACAAUGCAUUCAGGAAGUAUUCAGACAUUGGAUUUGUAGUCGUCCACCACAAAGAUGUUUUGCUUCAUCAGAGAGGAUGGGGCAUUAAAGGAAAACUGCACUUUUUUUUUUUAUUAUGCCCAUCAUCCACAAUCCUUAUGUGAGGCAUGAACACACACGUUUCUCUUUUCUGUGCAUUCUAAAGACAUUGCCCACACGCUGUUAAAACACCUCCAAAAACCUCCAACAAUGCUUUAUCGCUUUAUAUCCAUGCUGUAACCAUGUAGUAACAGGCAGAUUCAUGAUAACAUGUAAUACUUAUAGUAUUUUGCUGUACUUUGGUCGUUUUAAGCAUUCCUGAAACUUCCUUCCUGGGCGCAUUGAUUUCACAUAGCAACAUAGAAACGAACGCUACACCUAGCAUUAACUUUUCCAACUCAAAAACAAAAACACAGCAGCAGUGGCAGCAGCUCAAAUAUGUUUGUGGCCUGACGCGUGGUGAGCCCGGUGCUAUGCACAAGUGUGUGGUGAAGCUAGUAGCUAGCCCGUGUGGUGUGACGAGGUGUCACUACGCUAGUAAAGUACUAAUAAUAAAAAUGUCGCUGUUGCUUGUUUAAUACACAGGUCACAUUAAUGUAAAGGGGGCGUUGUUGGAGCUUUUUGGAGGUUUUUUCAGAAGGCUUUAUAGGUGUAAUAGUUGCAUCCCAUUACGUGCGAUCUUCGCUGCCUCUUUUUUAGCUGUUUUUAUAUCUUUAGAACACACAAUAAACAGAAAAACGCGUGUUCAUGUCUCACAUAAGGAUUGUGGAUGAUGGGUAAACUUUUUAAAGAAGUGCAGUUUUCUUUUUAAUGCAAGCAGGCGAUACAGGGAGAGAUUUUUAAUUUUUAACUUAUUAUAUGAAAUUAUAUGAAAAACAUGCCGCAGUGAACCAUCAGUCAGAAUGAAACACACUAACAACCAACAACAAUGGAAGAGAACGAGACUCUCCUGUUUGUAAUUCUCUGCAUGUGGCUCUUUGUAAGGUGUCCAAUUUUAUUCAAGAGGAGACUGAGGGCAGCAAAAAAAUGGAACACUGGAGCAAAAUGGAGACUGUGGUAUACUCUACUGUAAUACUAUUAUUGUUGUUUUCCAUAGCUAAUAAGCAUGUGUGUAGCCUUGUAACCACGACCAGCAUAUGGUAUCAUCUCAGGAUGUUGGGGACUGCGGUUGACCAGUGCUAAAAGUACCUCAUAGCACCUGCUUUUGCAAGUAUAGUUUGCAAUGCUUUCUGAAUGCAUGGUGUGACUUGUAUUGCGGCAAUGUGACACAUCACAUCACAUUGUUGUGAAACGUCCUCUCUUGCGGCAAUAGAUGAUGUGAGGUGCAAACAGCUGGAAGGCUGUCGACGCUUUGAGGCACCGGCUGUCUGUCUUGUCUGGUUUGGUGGAGUGUAAAACGCCUGACGUCAGCACCAAGGUUGUGUUGUUGCCUCUUGAGUUUGUGUGUGUGAUUGCUUCGUGUAAGAAGGGGAUUGAAUGCAGCCAAGAGAGAGCGAGCGUAGCGGCAAACAAGCAAGACUGCAGAGAGAUAACACUGUGGUUGCCAAAGCAAUAAGUCAAGACGGCGGUGAUGAGGUUUGCACAGCAGCCAGACUCAAGACAAAGCGAUUUUUGCCAUCUGAAUAUGUCUAUCUGAUGUUGCAAUAAUUCAUUUGUCUACUUCAUGUUCCCUUUUUUUCCUGUUUGUUGUCGACACAAUGCAAUAGAGCUCGAAAGUAAGUGUUCGCCUCACAUUUAGACCCAGACCUGUUGUGUGCAUGCUGACGAGAGCUUGUCCUUGAACCCGAUAAUAUGACUAAAAAAAUGACACCUCCAUUUGAUAAGUGAAAUUCAUGCCUUUACUUAUGCAAUGAUACACGCACAAUAUUGUGUCACAAGUGUCAUUGAAAUCAGCGCUGGUGUUAUCAUGGAGGAGACACAUACUGUGCCGUGUAAACACACCAGCACACGCAUGUCAAGUGAAUUUCAAUUAUCAGUGAUGGGGGGUGUUCUUCUUUCCAUUUCUGCAUGAAUGUGAUGAAAAUCUGAUUUUUAAUCAGAAAGCCACUGAUUAAACUCCCAAUCAACUGUGCUUUCAUGUACCAAAGGAUGACGACUAGAGCUCUACAGCUAGCGCAACAUUUGAACUUACUGUGUGUUUUGUUGUUUGUCACCCCGAUCAGGGCUCGGGGGUCAUCUUUCGGUGUGUGGAACCAUUGUUUGGCCUGUUCCUACAUUUGCAGCCACAUUUCCUCUAUUUCCAUGUUGGAUGACACUGUUGCAAAGAUGUCAUGCCAUGUCAUCGCUCUCUCUUUUCAAGUUUAGUCAUAGGCCCAGCUCGAACCUGAAAGCUGCAUUUAUAGCUAGCAGGAAACGUACAAAAUGUUCUUUAUAUUUGAACUGGACUACAGUCAUCCCUCGUUUAUCGUGGUUAAUUGGGUCCAGACUAGGCAUGGGCUGGUAUGAGAUCCUGACGGUAUGAUAACCUUGGGCAAAAAUAUUAUGGUUUCACGGUAUUAUAAUUACAGCUCUAAAAUGUGUGAUUUUGAAAUAUGUUUAUUAAGAAGUGAAAGUCAAAACGGUCAUUUUAAAACCAUAUGAUAUAACACAAAAUUGCAACAUAUGCAAAACAAAUGACAAAAAAUAACUGAAUUCUUCCUAAAUCAAUAAUAAAUAAAAUGCAGUUCUCAGUGCAGUCUACUGUGGCUAAUCCUGCAACUCAAGUCACAACACAAUAGAUAUUUUAAGCAAAUUGCAGUCAAGUGACCCAAGAAGGUCACAACAUAAAUAUUUUUGUUAAACUCAUAAUGUUACGUGAUAAUUUUAUAGUAGCGGGUCACACUUACACGAACGUCCUUUUCUGGGUCAUGUGAUUGUUGUAAGCAACUGAGACGUUGUUGAGUGGUUGUUGCUUGUUGUUCAGUGGAGAGUAAACAAUCACAUUGCCACAUUUGGUGACCCUUGACCUGAGUAAUAUGUCGACAACAGCACGGCCAUACCAGCGCCGCUCAGUGCCAACGAGGCGACUAACACGCCUGUACUAUCUAUGCCCGACGUAUAGCAACACACCACACGCCUUUGGUUUCAACACAUCGAAGCCCAGUUCCGACUGUGAGGAGUAACAUAGGACGUGACAAAGUAUUUCCACGUAAUGGCUGCGCUGGACCUCUCUCUCUCAUAUCAUAGAAAUGGUAUGACACAAAAUUUUAGUGGUUUUGAAACCGGUACUUUUUCAUACAGUGGUGUACCUUGAAACCGGUAAUCGGCCCAAGCCUAGACCCGACUGGACCACGAUAAGUGGAUUUCUGUGAAGUAGGAUUCAAUAUUAAUAGAAUAUUUUCGCAGUUAGGGCAUAGAAAACCUGUUUAUUACUUUCUAAAUACGUUUUUUAACAUUAUUAGAGAUGAAAUAACACCCCAUUAGUUUCUUUUACACUUCUAUUAUGCUUUGUUUCCAUCACGGGCUACGGUAUCACUGCAGGGACAUAUAGCCUCUCCAACUGACUUAUUCUAAACUUAAGGAACUGUUUCAGACAGAGUGGGCAAGAAGGGCAAAGAAGCCAAAAACAUACCACUUCCACACAGAAUGAGAGGAGAACCUUUUUUUCCACUUGAUCUCAACAAUGUCAUGUCGACUCGGCUCGGCUGGCUCAGUAGCCUUGUCUCCAUGCAAUGUGAAUGGUAAAGUAAUCUAACGUCAUGUCUCUUUUUUUUUUCUUUUUUUUUUUUAAAAACCACAAUAUAGUGAGGGAGCUAUAAUGAAGCGACGAUAAAGCGAGGGACGACUGCAUUUUCCAGUAAAACAAACCCAAAGAAAAAAUGAGUCCUGCUACUAGAAAAAUCAAUAAACAUGGAGGACAUAGUACUCUAAAACUUUUAUUUUGCCAAUGUAAAUAUUUUAUUCUGCUACAAUAUCAAAGCAGUGAGGUGAUUAGGACUUUUGAAAUAUCACAAAAAAUGUCUUCUUUUUGUACAAAUCUUACUAAAUUUAAGUGUUUUAGUCCAUAAUAAUACAGUGGAACUUCUAACACAGAAUUUCAAAUCUGUUUUUCCCACAGGAAAUAAUGGAAAUAAUCCAAAUGGUCACCAUAAAGCCAUUAUUAUCUGUGCAGGCAUUUUAAGCACUAUUUUGAUGUUCCUAACAGUCAUACAAGUGUAAAAAGAAGUUAACCGCUAUUGAUAAUAGAACAUACAAACAAUAAAACACAGCAGUGUUAAACGACGAAUGACAAAAUCGUGAUGCAAAGGUGACUCUCGCAACAGGCUACCUUGCAUAUAACAUUUUUAAAACACUUUUAAAUUGUCACACACAAAAAAAUGUCACACAUUUUCAAACAUUGUGUCUGUCACACAAGUGCACAACAAAGUUAACCCUUGAUAGUCAUGAAACAUGAAAGCAAGAAACAUCGCACUCAAAUCGAAAUUGUAACUUGAAGAUGAGUCGUGUUGCAGGUGAGCCCCUCUCAUCUCAUAUUUUAGCAUUCUUAAAUUGUACACAAGUGUAAAAAGAAGUAACCCACAAUUGAUAGUAAAACAUAUAAACAAUAAAACACUCCUUCUUAACUGUGUAAAAUGACGACAGUAAUGCAAAAGUGAUGACUUUCCAGUUCUCUCUCGUAGUUUCCCUUGUUGAGGGUGUUGUUAAUGCUGACAUCUCACGUCAUGUCAUGCUUGAUAUCAUUGAAGUUUUUCUUCAGACACAUAUUUUUUCUUGAAAAUGUUAAUCAAAGCCCGAAUUGUAUGACCUACCUCAACUUUAGAGGUUCAACUGUAUCUAUCCUAUAGAUGGCUGUCUCCCUGUCCAUCCCCAAGGUCAACAUGAGAGUCAAGGCGAGGAGCAGACCAUCUGAGUGACUCUGUGCCUUUUAGCGGCGAGAUAUGAGAGGAAGAACGUGACUCCAGAAGAAGGUCAGGGUGACGUCACCGGGCCUUCAUUUGACUGACACCGUAAAACUGUCAGUCAUGAUAAAAGUAUGACACGGUCAACAAAUGCCCUCUCUGUCCGUUACACGCAAGACCAAAUAUCAUUUCCACAAGGAUUCCAAUGAAGAGAGCGAUGCAAAAAUAAAUAGCGUAGUUAGAGGAGCUUUGUGUUGCCACUCUCUCCUUAUGAAUAGCAAGCAGAUUCAGAGAGGCUGUUCGUAUGCACAACUGCCCAUGAGGAGUGAUUGACCGAGGCAUGGGGGACAUAGAGAAAAUAAAAGGCAAGGCGAGCGGUCCUCCCGUGCUGACCUCGACACCGCUUGACUGCUAUUGGUCAUCCAGCUGUGAAAUACAUUACCCUACCAAGUCCUUACAUCAACUGCAGGCUCAUGUCUCAUCAUUCCACAUUACCCACAACACAAGUCACGUUUUGGACAAAGAGUAAUUUUAGCUCCGAAUGGGAUGUUUUGGGUUCAGGACAUUUUUUUCCUUGAUUCCUUUGGCGCCCUCUGCUGCUCAAACGUGCCUGUCUUCAGGACAAAAGAUGCUCCUCCAUCAUUGCAUAAGAGCAAGCAUCAGCAGAUUUAGUCCCCUUGUGGGUGUUCUGACAUUUCCAUAACCAAAUGAUCCCUUUAAGUGCAUUAAAUACAACUUUACAAGCACUUUAUUCACGGGGAGAUGCAGUACAUUUUUGAAAUGUUUCUAAAGCAUAUGUGGCCAACAGCUGUUGUUUAAGGUCACUGGAGAAGAAUCGCAGAUUUUAGAAAGCAUUUAGAAAAAGAUUUAUGGUGUUAUAUAAAUGCAGCACAAAAUUACAAUUAAAUAUAUUUUUAAAAAUGCAAUACAAUCAAUUAUAUUUUCCUCCAAAAUUAGAUUUAAUUAGAGUUUUAUAAGCUUUAACGGUUUUUGGGGUAUAAAAAAAUGAUUCAUCCAUCCAUUUUCUAUGCCACUAUAAUAAAAUGAAAUAUAAUGACACUCUUUAAAUUGUUCUUAGGAAUGAACACUAAUAAAAUCUAAAGAAUAAGUACAAUAACUCUUACAUUUGUGAUUUUAUUUUCUUAGGAAUGUAAAUUCAAUUAAUUCAAACGACCUUUUCAAUGCAGACAGGGUUUUGGGUGUAGUAAAGUGGUGUAAAAAUGACAAUAAAACAUAAAAAACAAAAAUAAAAUCACUCUUUAUUUGCCCAAAUUGUCAGGAAUGCAAAUAUGUAAUAAUAAUAAUAAUAAUAAGUAUUAUUUAAAUUCAUAUAAAUUGAAUUUCAGCUGCAAAUAAGGUUUUGAGGGAAAAUAAUUACAAUACAAUAAAAUAUUUUGUACAAAGAAAAUAAAAUCACCAACACUUAUCUAAAUUGUUUUCAGACAUUUAAAAAAAAGUACAGUUAAAUUUCAGAUGCUGACCUAUUGUGAGUGGGUGUGUACAAUAUCAACAGCAUUUUCCUCUUUGGCCCAAUUAAUAAUUUAUCAUUUGCAUGGAUGCACUUUGCUUAACCAAGGCCAACUCAAAACAUCACUGACUGUAAGACAGAUAAGUAAUGCACAAACUGCUAUUGUCAGAAUGUAAAAAUGUAGUGUCUGCAAGCCAGUGUUUAUGUAAUUGCAUUGAAGAAAGUUUCAACAGAGCAACCAAUAUGUGAACACUUCAUAGCUGUAGCAUUGUUUGUACUAGCAAAGCAGGACAUACUGUACAGUAACUCUCCUUUCCACUUGCAUGCAGCUCAAACCAAAAAGAGUGACCCUCUCCCCUGCAUUCUCUCUAUACACAUCCUUGUGCAUGUCCCAGGACUGCGUGUGUAUGCCCUGUGUGUGCACAAAGCUAACCCCGCACCCCCAAAUUCCCUAUUG